CAUGGACCUGUCAUAUUUUCUGAGGACCAAGUGAGCUUUUGCAGCGUUACUCACACAAACUGAGUUGGAGCGCUGUAAGUGAUAGCUCAUUAUUUUAAUAGAAAAUCAAUCAAAUUUCAGUUGUUGUCAAUAUAUGUGACUUAAAUCCUGACGGCUGGCAUAUUAAAAAGACAAUAAUGGAUAUCUGCCACCUUAUCAGGCUUCAAAAUAAAUCUAUCAUCAACGAAAAAAUACUUUGAACUCAGUGCACAAGUAAUUAGGUUCGCUGCUGAUUAGAAGCUGAAGGACAGAAGCCUAGCUUUCAGUAUUUUACUGCAAGUGUUUAUCCUAUUUGACUUCAACACUCGGUGCUAUUGUCACCAGAACCAUAUAGUUUAAAGCACCAUGUACUGUUGGAAACAUAAUAACUCCCCAAAAGCGAUCACAUACUUGUGCAACUGUUAGCUGAUUCUCUCAUUCAACCACAAAACCCAUUAUUCCUGCGACCAAACUCUCUAUUCGGUUAAAUUGAAAUGGUCCUCAAAAAUGUUACAUGUCAGAAGCAAGUCACUUGAAACUGAUGGACAGAAAGUCCAUGAAUCAUGUCCAUUUUCAUUUUAUCUCUCACUACCCAACAUAAACGAAAUGCACAUUUCGAGCAAAUCUAAAUAUUCUAACCAAAUUAAUGUAUUACGACAGAUCAGUCCUAAUGAUAGUUGCAAGGCGUUCUUCGAAGAGAUAACUAACAGUAAUGAACUCUGCAAAGUUAGAACAAAGCCAUGUAAUGAAACUACUGCUAGAAAAGUGAGGUGGUUAUUCAAAAGAAUCAACGCAAAAUUUUCUUCAUCACCCUCAUUUUCACUAUAUCCCGGUUGUAAUAGCGAUAAUGGUAACAGUAAUAGUACAAGAAGUAGUUUAUUGUCAUUUCGGCAUCAAAAACUUGGUCUUAGUGGAUAUUUAACUUCAAUAUCAUCAUUUAAGUUUAAAUCUGAUUGUACAGAUGCAAGUUUGACCGUCAAAGACGAAGGUUUAAAUAUGCAAACACGUUCCAAAAAGAUAAGCGUGCCACCACCUCUGUGGAUUAAUCAUGAUUCCGCAUCACAACUACAUGGCGUACAAGAAAAUGAUCAGCAAAAACUUAACGAUACCGAUCUGCUUAUGGAUCAUAGUUUGUCUGCUCAAGAGUAUGCCAGGACAGGAAACGUAUGCUUUUUCGGAAAUCACGGAAUCUAUAAAAGUAAGAACUUUAAAUCCCAGACGAAAAAAGACCAAAACUCUCCACAUUUGACUUCGCGGCGAACUUGUCUUUCUCUGGUUGAAGUCACUGGAUCAUCUGAUAACUGCAAAAGACGCAGAGAAACAUGCUUUGAUACACUCAGUGCUAACAGUGGUAUUGGGACUAAUACUAAAAGCAAUAAUUAUGACCAUCGUAGAUCUAUUCACAAAAACGUUCCAUUCACCAGUCCAGAGAGAAGGAUAACAGAGGACAAAGGUGAUUCCCGCUCGAAAAAAACGGUUGAUACCAGCGAUAAUGUUGGCCAGUUAAGGUCACCUAGUCCCAACAGUAAAUCUCCGAAACUUGAACGAAAACUCAGUAAGCUAGCUAUCGGUGUACGGGAUAAAAUAACUACACUCUGUAAAUCACCCAUUUCUACUUCGUCACAGUCCUAUUCAACAGAUAUAGCUAAUUCAAAUCAUCGAAUUUUCCUGAACAAAUUGUUCCGUUCCGGUAGGCCAACCAGAGAAGAGGUGGAAGAUUGGGCUCGCUCAUUUGAAGCUGUUCUGAGAGAUAAAUAUGGCAUUAUGGUAUUUAGAGAGUUUCUUCGUACAGAGUUCAGCGAUGAAAAUAUUCGUUUCUGGCUAAUUUGUGAGGAGUAUCGCAAUAAGUCUGGUUCAAAGAAUAUGCAACGUAAAGCUUUCAAAAUUUUCAAUGAAUAUGUAGCAGUUCAAGCUGCCAGUGAAGUUAACUUGGAUUCAAAUACAAGAUUACAAACUGAAAAAGAACUUGAAUCAGCUAACAGAAAUACAUUUGACCAGUGUCAACGAAGGAUUCAAUCUUUAAUGGAGAAAGAUUCAUACCGGCGAUUUUUAAGAUCUGACUUAUAUCUGAUAGCACUAGAAAUGAGUAAAGAAAGAGAAAAUUACGAGAUGUCAAAUAAAUUUGGUCGACAUUCUGUAAUAGAUUUUCAAGGACUUAAAAAUGCUCUUAUUUUUGCCAAGAAUUUCUCAGUAACCAACUCAUCGUCUAGUAAAAUAGUACGCAAUUUCAGUACUGUUGACAAUGGGGUAAUCAGUGAAAGUAAGGAGUGUACUAUUACUGCAGCUGGUGAUCAGGAAAGUGAGAAUUCUGAUUGCCAAUUUGAAGUUUCAAAACCUUUUCCUAAAGUAAAAUCAAUUUAUCAACUCAAAGACCAAUCUGUGCAAUGUCAGUCAACUACACUACUAAAGUCGUUAUCGCAUAAUUCCUGAACUUGAACAUACUGACUGAAAGGAGGAAUACUCCUCUCUUUGUAUAGCAAGCUUCUUAUCAUAGUAUAUCCUAAUUCACAUCUAAAGUACAUCGAUUUGAUACCUUUUAUCAAUGAAAAGUCGAACGUGUAAAUUAAUAUAACUUAUUUUUGAUAAAACUUACAACGCUC